GAACCAGCACCUCCAGGGAGCUGCAGCCGCUCCAGCCAUGGUCCCCAGGCGCCCUGCCAGCCUAGAGGUCACUGUAGCCUGCUAUUGGCUCCUCACUGUUAUUCUAGGCUUCUGCAUAUCCUUCAACGUUGAUGUGAAAAAUUCAAUGAGUUUCAGUGGCCCAGUGGAAGACAUGUUUGGAUACACCGUUCAACAAUAUGAAAAUGAAGAAGGAAAAUGGGUUCUCAUUGGUUCUCCUUUAGAUGGUCAACCCAAAGCAAGAACCGGAGAUGUCUAUAAGUGCCCAGUUGGGAGAGAGAGACCAAUGCCUUGCGUGAAGUUGGAUUUACCAGUGAACACAUCGAUUCCCAAUGUCACAGAAAUAAAAGAAAACAUGACAUUUGGAUCAACUCUAGUCACCAACCCAAAUGGAGGAUUUCUGGCAUGUGGGCCUUUGUAUGCCUAUAGAUGUGGACAUUUGCAUUAUACAACUGGAAUCUGUUCUGAUGUCAGCCCUACAUUUCAAGUUCUGAACUCCUUUGCCCUUGUACAAGAAUGCAGCACCCAGCUGGACAUAGUCAUUGUCCUGGAUGGCUCCAACAGCAUCUACCCCUGGGAAAGUGUCACCGCUUUUCUAAAUGACCUCCUCCAGAGGAUGGAUAUUGGCCCUAAACAGACACAGGUUGGAAUUGUACAGUAUGGAGAAAAUGUAACCCAUGAGUUCAACCUCAAUAAGUAUUCAUCUACAGAAGAGGUACUUGUUGCAGCAAAGAAAAUAGGCCGGAGAGGUGGUCUACAGACAAUGACAGCCCUUGGAAUAGACACAGCCAGGAAAGAGGCAUUCACUGAAGCCCGGGGUGCCAGGAGGGGCGUUAAAAAAGUCAUGGUCAUAGUGACUGAUGGAGAAUCACAUGAUAACUAUCGACUGAAACAGGUCAUCCAAGACUGCGAGGAUGAAAACAUCCAGCGAUUUUCCAUAGCUAUCCUCGGUCACUAUAACAGAGGGAACUUAAGCAGUGAAAAAUUUGUCGAGGAAAUAAAAUCAAUCGCAAGCAAGCCCACUGAAAAGCAUUUCUUCAAUGUCUCAGAUGAGUUGGCCCUGGUCACUAUUGUUAAAGCUCUGGGAGAAAGGAUAUUUGCCUUGGAAGCUACAGCGGAUCAGUCAGCAGCUUCAUUUGAGAUGGAAAUGUCUCAGACCGGCUUCAGUGCUCAUUAUUCACAGGACUGGAUCAUGCUUGGAGCAGUGGGAGCCUAUGACUGGAAUGGAACUGUAGUCAUGCAGAAGGCUAAUCGGACUGUCGUCCCUCAAAACACCACGUUUCAAACUGAGCCCACCAAAAUGAACGAGCCUCUUGCUUCUUAUUUAGGUUACACAGUGAACUCUGCCACUGUCCCUGGAGAUGUGCUCUACAUCGCUGGACAACCUCGGUACAAUCAUACAGGCCAGGUCGUCAUAUACAAGAUGGAGGAUGGGAACAUCAAAAUUCUCCAGACACUUAGUGGAGAGCAGAUCGGUUCCUACUUUGGUAGCGUGUUGACAACAAUUGACACUGACAAAGAUUCUUAUACUGACCUGCUUCUCGUUGGGGCCCCCAUGUACAUGGGGACAGAGAAAGAGGAACAGGGCAAAGUGUACGUGUACGCUGUGAAUCAGACAAGGUUUGAAUAUCAGAUGAGCCUGGAACCAAUUAAGCAGACAUGCUGUUCAUCUUUGAAGGAUAAUUCAUGCACAAAAGAAAACAAGAAUGAACCCUGUGGGGCCCGAUUUGGAACAGCAAUUGCUGCUGUAAAAGACCUCAACCUGGAUGGAUUUAAUGACAUUGUGAUCGGAGCUCCUCUGGAGAACGACCAUGCAGGAGCUGUGUACAUUUAUCACGGCAGUGACAAGACCAUAAGGAAGGAGUAUGCACAACGUAUUCCAUCAGGUGGGGAUGGCAAGACACUGAAAUUUUUUGGCCAGUCUAUCCAUGGAGAGAUGGAUUUAAAUGGUGAUGGUCUGACUGAUGUGACCAUUGGAGGCCUUGGUGGAGCUGCCCUCUUCUGGGCCAGAGAUGUGGCGGUAGUUAAAGUGACCAUGGAUUUUGAACCCAAUAAAGUGAAUAUUCAAAAGAAAAACUGCCGCGUUGAAGGAAAAGAAACAGUAUGCAUAAAUGCUACAAUAUGUUUUUAUGUGAAAUUAAAGUCUAAAGAAGACUCCGUUUAUGAAGCUGAUCUACAGUACCGUGUCACCCUCGAUUCACUGAGGCAGAUAUCACGGAGUUUUUUCUCUGGGACUCAGGAAAGAAAGAUUCAAAGAAACAUCACCGUUCGGGAAUCAGAAUGCACUAGGCACUCCUUCCACAUGUUGGACAAGCAUGACUUUCAGGACUCCGUGAGAGUGACUUUGGAUUUUAAUCUUACUGAUCCAGAAAAUGGGCCUGUGCUUGAUGGUGCUCUGCCGAACUCAGUCCACGAACGUAUUCCCUUUGCCAAAGACUGUGGAAACAAGGAAAAAUGCAUCUCAGACCUCACUCUGGAUGUGGCCACCACAGAAAAGAGCCUGUUGAUUGUCAGGUCCCAGAAUGACAAGUUCAAUCUCAGUCUCACAGUGAAAAACAAAAGAGACAGUGCCUACAACACCAGGACAAUAGUGCAGUAUUCCCCAAACUUGAUUUUUUCAGGAAUUGAGGGGAUCCAAAAAGAUAGUUGUGAAUCCAAUGAAAAUAUCACAUGCAGAGUUGGGUAUCCUUUCCUGAAGACAGGAGAAAUGGUAACCUUCAAAAUAAUAUUCCAGUUUAAUACAUCAUAUCUCGCAGAAAAUGCAAUUAUUCAUUUAAUUGCAACAAGUGACAGCGAAGAGCCACCCGGAUCUCUUUAUGACAAUGAAGUAAACAUAUCCAUCCCAGUUAAAUAUGAAGUCGGACUACAGUUUCACAGUUCUGCAAGUGAACACCACAUCUCAAUUGCAGCCAAUGAGACUAUCCCUGAACUCAUUAAUUCCACUAGUGACAUUGGAAAUGAAAUCAAUGUCUUCUACAUGAUCAGAAAAAGGAGCCAUUUCCCAAUGCCAGAACUUCAGCUGUCAAUCUCUUUCCCCAACUUGACAUCAGAUGGUUAUCCUAUACUUUACCCAACUGGAUGGUCAUCUUCUGAUAAUGUGAACUGCAAACCUCGGAGCCUUGAGGACCCUUUUGGUAUCAACUCUGGGAAGAAAAUGAUAAUAUCAAAGUCUGAGGAUCUCAAAGGAGGCACAAUCCAGGAUUGCAGCACCUGUAAAUUUGCCACCAUCACGUGCCAUCUCAUUCCUUCCGAUGUGAGCCAAGUGAACGUUUCACUCAUCUUGUGGAAACCAACUUUCAUAAAAACUCAAUUUUCCAGCUUAAAUCUUACUAUAAGGGGAGAACUUCAAAGUGAAAACACAACACUGACGUUAAGUAGCAGCAAUCGGAAACGAGAGCUGGCUAUUCUAAUCUCCAAAGACGGAGUCCCAGGCAGAGUGCCGCUGUGGGUCAUCCUCCUGAGUGCCUUCGCUGGUCUGCUGCUCUUGAUGCUGCUUAUAUUAGCACUUUGGAAGAUUGGAUUCUUCAAAAGGCCACUAAAGAAGAAAAUGGAGAAAUGAAAUAUUUUACAGGAGAAAAAGAGAACAGUAACAACUAUUCAAUGAUCUAUCCUCAGGUUUGCCUCAGUCAUGUGAGAAGAAAUUCAUAAAUAUAACCAAAGACAUGGUCACAUAACUAUAGUGUAAUCCAUUAUUCAGCUGGGAUUACUCACUUGGAAAGUGACAGAUCAAGUUUGAUACAAGAAGGGUACCCAAAGAUAUAGUUUAGAUGAGAAAUACUUUUUAAUAACUACUCAUUUUUGCUGAGUAAGUGAAAUGACAAAAUGUUUUAAAGAAGAAUCCCUAUGUACUUACAUGUUUUUGUGUAUGUGUUUAAAUGCCAUGUGGAGUAUUUAAGGGAUGCGCAAAAGAGCUUUGUGUUCACUGAACAGUUACUCUCAGCACAAUGUAAAUUAAGUUUUCCCCCUUUAUGACACCUUCAGAGAGACACUCAGCAUUUGUAAAUGACCACAAAAGAAUGGAGUUGAAAAGAUCUCCCAAGUCUAAUGAGAAAAGCUUUGCCUAACAGAGCCCAUAUAAAAUAUAGACUGAAAACUGAAUUAAAUCCCGGAGCUGACACUCAAUGACUUCUUGGAUUCUGUAGUUGGGAAUAGUGUUUCCCAAUGUGAUUGGAGAAUAGUGCAAUUGAGCUUAAAUUCUACAUAUAAUAGACAGUCAAGUGAGAGUGACAUUUAAAAACAAGUGCACUGAAUCUAUUCAUUUAAACUUUUACAAAAAGUAAAAGUGAUUAAUUUAUAUUGAGCUCUAAAACAUGGAACUCUUUUACAAAGAAAAAACAGAGCACUUAAAGCAGUUUGUGUAGCAUAACAGUGAUUAGUCAUGAAAAGUCACAGUGUGUGAUGCCCAGAAGGUUUAAUGAAACAUGACAGCAUAGAUAGAUUACCCAAAAAGACUACAGUCACCACUGCUGAGUAGUUGUUUAAUGCGAAGGCUUCUUGAUGUUACAUUAAAGUAGGAGACUUCUCAACUCUUUGGUAUAGGGUUCAUUUAAAAUCCCAAGAUAUGAUUGUUUAUUUUUGAAAUUUUCCCAAUAUGUUUCAUGUUACUAUUGAAAAAGCAGUCUCCCAAGUUAGCCAAGUUAGUUUUGUAUUUUCCCAAGAACACACUGCUUUUGAACAUGGCAUAUCAGUAUAAAAAGAAACCAAGAAAUACGGUUUAAAGAAGUUGUACCUUGAAAACUUAAAGCAACAGAAAGAUAGAACUCAUUUGUGUGCACUUCUGUGUUCCCGAAGUUCCUAAGGAUCUUGGACUCUGCUGUAAUUGAGCUCCCAGAUUGCUCCAUUUCUAAGAAAAAUAACAAUGAAUGAAUGUACAAGUAUCUUCAUGUGUGAACUACUGCUGUAACAUUUGCUGAUUCUUCCUACCCAAAGCCACUUCUCCACUUGAUAGACCACCAUCAGACUGGAACCUGUCAACAUCCCCAAAGAGCUGGACUCUGCUCUCCUCAAAAUACAGCAAAUCAACAGAGCGAUUAAGUGCUAUGGGUUUGAAUAUCGAAAUUUUAUUUCUGAGGAAUUAUCUUCGGGCUCAGAUUCAGCCUACCUCUUGGCUUUCCAGCCUUACAUGUAAGGUCCUAAGGCCUAAGGGAUGGACCUGAGGAUGCUACAGUCAUCCCUGGCUGGAAGAAAGGUGGACAGGAAAGGAGAAGAAGGAAGAUGUGUUCUCUAUUCUUACCCCCCCACACACACUGGCUUCAGAAGUCAGACCUUCUUCUGUCUCUUAUUUCCCCAUCAUAACUCAGGUGUUUCUUGCUCAGUUACCAUGGUGUCCAACUCCAGCACACACCACUCAGCAGCCCUACUCCUAACUCCUAACUUGGGAAUGAAAUUCAACCAAUAAAUUUAGAUUCAUCUUUGACAUCAAGGACUGCCAGGCACUGAACUUUGUCCACUGAGCUGUAAGUGUGCAUAUUUAAACUAAAAACUGUUGUUAAGCCAAAAGGAUGAAGCAGAAAUGAGAACAUUUUAAAGUUUAAGUAGAGGAAGAGCAGUUUGGCCGGAUAAAAAGGUGCCAAAGACACUUGCCUACUGGUUUUCAUUAUACGUUAUUCCUGGCUAGUAUUAAGCAUUUAAAAGGAAUCGGACAUCUUAUUUCUGUAGUAUCAUAAUCGAGUCUCUGUGUGUGUGCAUAAUUGUUUGCACACACAUACAUAUGCCAUAUAAACACAGAAAAACUGAAGAAUAACAAAUGACAGAACUUUACAACAGAACAAUAAUAAGCACACAAAAGCAACACUGGUGAUGAAAGUUGGUUUCCUUUGCUUCUCACACAGUAUUUACAUUCAUUAAUAUUUAAGUUUCUUCAUUAUUUUGUAAGCUAAAAUAUAAAUGCAGAGGCUUUGCUUUUACAAAUGAUAACAGAUGUCCAAAAUUAUAUAUUCUAGAACAUAUAAAUAGUUAAGAACUAUACUGAAUUCUAUAACAUUAUUUUAAGACAAUAAGAAAAACUGCAGGAUAGUUAAGACUAUUUAUGAACUUAUGGAUUAAAAUAAGUCACCACACAUCUUGUACCUUUGAUUUUUUAGCACCGUUGUUUCCACUGUGAACUGACGACCUGAGCACGCAUUCUCUUUCCUGCGUACUCACACAAUGGAACACAAAUAAAUUAUUCAUCAAAUUGUUCUUCAAGAGGGAAAAUUGCCCCAAUAUUUGAUUUCUUAGGCUUCAUUGUUCUCUCCAUAUCCACUUCCAGGCACCUAACAUAACCCUAUUCAGCUUGCAGAAUUCCUAGAAAUGUGUGUCAGAGCUUACCAACUAGAAUGAGAUACUAUAGCAUACCGCUGAACUAAACUCCAUACUACAUAGUAGAAAAACUGAGGUUUAGAGAUGCAGAUCAGUGUUCAUAGUCUAUACACACACCUAAGCACACACUCAAUCAAGCUUCAAGUUAUGCUGAAAACACUGGUUGUAGCAAUCCCAGGAUUUAGAACACUACAGAUGACCCAUCCUUUAGUUUUAAAUUUCCAAGAGUCAUCAUAGUUUAAUAUGAAUAAAGCAAUAUGAUCUUGCAGGAGGAAGUAGCUGAAAGCAAGAAAAUGCAGUGGAUAACCUGCACUCCACCAAGAGCCAGCCACUCAGGAGUCACACAAAAGCAGUUCCACUUUCUCACGAAACUCACAGGCCUGAAAGUGAGAUGAGGAAAGGUCUUUGGCAACAUUUCUAGCUUUUGUGAUCCAAUGUAAACAUCCGUGGUGCAAUUUGUCAAACUAUUUUUCUCUGAGCACUGGGAUCACUGGCUACUUGGACCCCAAAUAUUUUCUGUGUCAUAUGUAUACUUGAAAAAAAGCAUAUAGGAAAAAAGGGGAUUUUUACAAUAUAAAAUUUGAUGCUUAGGCAUCCAGAUAAUUUUAAUCUAUAAGUAUAUGUAUAAAUGUGCACAUAUUUUUCAUAGAGCAUCAUCUACUUUUCCUUUUGUAAACUGGGGUCUAGGUUCAAUUGGAAAGCAGAAAUAUUUGUAUAAAAAUUUGUGAUUGAAUAGCAGCGUAUUACAGUUGAGACUAGAAAAGCCCUGGUUUCACUCUUAGUAGGGCCACAGCUAACACACUGAAUGGCAGUCAUUGGCUGCCAUGGAAUGUACUUUCCAUAGCAACUUCUUCACUGAACACACCAUCAAUUCCAUAUGAACCCCUAUCCUGUUCUGCAAGAUGCUGAGCAAACUACAGAGAACCCAGGCCCCGAGUCAGCCUCAUGGGCCAGGCCCUGAAUCUGCCUUGUGUGCCAGGUGCCCUCUAUCAUCCAAAUAAAGUGGCUUCUGACGAAUAGGUUGCUCAAAACAGCAUUUUAUGCACUCUGCAUUGGUUCUCAAAACUUCUUAAGCAUCCUUCUCCCCAUCACUCUUCUCCUCAAAUGGUUUUCAGGAAUAGUGCCUUAGUAGACUGUUAUUAAGACAUGUGCUUCUUUUGCUGUGAAUGCCAACUUCAGUGAAUAGACCAGUCAUUCAUGUUUUCCCACCCAGAUUCCUUAAUGACACUCCAAAAGGUUGCCAUGGCAUCAUACAGUAUAAUGUACUUCAGAGAUGCAGUAUCAUUCCUUGAGAGGUAUAAAACCAUAUGGGCUGUUGUUCUCCAUGCCUCUAUGGGCGAAACCAAAGGAAUUUAAGCCUUCAGCAAUUGUCCUUAGGUAUUUUAUGAACCCUCUCCUCAGCCAAGGGACAGUUCUAAAAACUGAAAGAAGGGCUUUGUCCCCAAGCUGGUGCUGUUUUAAAAUUGCAAUAUACAAAUUAAUUGCACAUAAAGGACUCUAAAUGCAGAUACAACUUAAAAAUGAAUAGUUUGGGCUCUUGCUUCCAACUGGAUGGUGGCACCCAAGCUCUAGCUACCCACAAUCCAGAAACAACCAGAGCACAUUCAAUCCGUACUGAACAGAAAGUCAAAGCACAUUUCCAAAGGUCACAUGCAAGGCUGGGUAUAGCUCAGUGGUUGAAUGCACAGAGAGCUUAUUCAAGGCCCUGGGUUUGAACUCUAACACCACAUAACAGGAACAGGUCUGAUCAUGCCACCAUUUUUCAAAUGAAAGUACUUUGUCCUCUACUCAAAAUAUACAUAAAAUUUUUAAAGAACUAAAAAAAGCACCAGUGUUAAACUAUAUCAUUGUAAUCUUGUGAACUAAUUGGUGUCUUUUAAACUCACGUUAAAAUUUUACCUCAAAGUUAGAAAUUAAGAGAUUUAGCCAUCAACCAUGAGGAGAAAACAGAGUAGCAUGAGGAGCCAGGCAAGUCCCAGUCCCGUGGUUCCUAAAACAUCUGCUCCACGGGAGCAUACAGCUCCUAACCUAUGGAAAUAGAACCUGUAGGAAUCGUGACUGUAAAGCAGGGGCCAAUGACACUCAGUGCUGUGACUGUGUUUGGCAUUAUUGUGUUUCAAUGUACAUACUCAGAGAAAGGAGCAUGGAGUUUAGAGGCCCUCAAGUAACAGUUUGAGGCUGAAUAUCUGACUGUCAUUCAUUUGAUUUAGGCAUAUAACCUGGGGACAAAAGUCUUAAAAGAAAUCUUCCAAAUUACUUAGAAUGAAAGCCCACUGUGUUCAUGAUUAGUCCCUAUUAGUAUUGUUUGUUCCCACACCUGAAUUCUAAGAGCAGGAGAGAGAUGGAGGAAGAAAAGGAAAGUGAAUAUUGAUUUUUUUCUUUCCUCCAUAGACUAGUCAUAGUGAAGAAAGCCACCACAUGUAGAUCCGAUGUCACAUGGCAACUUAUACUUUGAUAAAUACAAAAGAAAUGGGGACAGAUGAAAACAUAAAACUACCCAUGUUUGAUUUAUACCACCUAAUCCAUGAAAAUGGCCAAAAUUUUCUGAGACUCCAUGUGCCCCACCCCACAGAACUCACAAAUGUACUUGUCACUAUAAGAGUGAAAGUAUACUCUUACUUAUAGAUUAACCCUGGGCUAGUUUCUGGUGUUGACAUCUCAGAGACAUGCGAAGACUAUUGUCUGAAAUGACAGCUUGUGUAGAUUCUUCCUUCUGGAGCCAUUCCAUACAGAAGAUCCUGGUGGUUAGUUUGAGUCAUCUGCUGCCCUCACCCAGGAAGCAGUAGGUCCUGGCUGCAUCGAUUAGGAAACACUGGCCUGAAGGGAUGCUGUACUGUGUGUUAUACUGUGAAGUUGUAAGAUUGUUAAUACAUGUACACUAUGUAUCCAUCUUAUUCAAAAGAAGAAUAUUACAUUUAGGAACUACUAUUGCCAAGGAGCAUCCAUCAUUCUCCCCGCACACAUGUCUGCAUUGCCUUGUUUAAAUUAUGAAAUUGCUCAUUUUCCUAACUUACCUCAAGCCUAACUCAUCAAAGGGACAACUUAGGGGUAUGUGCAUAGAUGCAUUAGAAAAUGAUCAGGUGAAAACGCUUUGUUGACAUUCAAGAACAAAGAAGCUUUUGCAUAGAAAUUCAUGGAAUUUGCUGCGAAGUGACAGUCAAUAAUUAGAAUUAGCUGAGUGUGUGAAAGAGCAUUUUGAAUGCUCUGUGUAUGGCAUAUCCUGUGCACUGUUCUGAGGUCAAAGGUUUGAUAUUUUUGUAUAGUUCUAUCUUAUCUUGUGCUUCAGCUUUGUAAUUUACGUCAAGGUAAAUAAGCAUCCGGUUUUAUGUCUUAAAUAAAAAAUGACUCAAAGAA